CUUAAAUAAAGUAGUUGAGAGCAGGGAAACAAACAGCUCGAGGGAAGUUCUAGGGUUUAGUAUUUCCCUCGUCUGCAUGAAUCUCUCAAGAUCACUAGCCGGGUUCCUCUCCUCCUCCAACCCUAAGAAAUGGGAUAUCAUUCAGUCUGCUUCCGCCCUGCAAUCUAUCGCCUUCUCCACCGAGAGGUUAGUAAAAGCGUAUCAGAAGAGCUCGAAACCUCCGGCUAAGGCCAAGGCCGACAUUCCACUUGAGCAAACGACUUUGAAGAAUACGUCGGAGCUACCGCGGCCGAGCUUGAUUCCCUUUCAGGCGAAGGUAGCUAACUCUGUCCACCUUGUGGGCACCAUUGAUACCGGCGUCAAGCUACAGCAGCAUUCCGAUGGAAUUUACGCUUGUGUCUCCAUUAUUGUUAAUGAGAACAUGGAGAUGCCGAAGGACACCUCGCGGUUUUGGAUCCCCAUAAUUUUCCGAGGAGAUUUGGCUGAAAUUGCUGCAUGCCAUUUGAAGAAAAAUGAUCUCAUAUAUGUAUCUGGGCAGCUUACUAGAGACAAUGUAACUUUUACGCAUGAGGAUACUAAAGAAAAUAUCAAGCUUAUAGCUCAUAGCCUGAACUUUGUCAAGGAUGCUUGUUCACCAAGAAGAGGUGGAUACAUACAGACGCAGGAUGAGGUAUCUACUUCUGAUUCAGAUUCUCUGUUAGUUGAAGCGGACCCUGCCCGUCCAGACGCACAAUCCUCUGAAGGUGACACGAAGACAUCUGAUAAUGUCAAGAGACUGUGGGAUGAAUUGGUUAUUGAUCCUGAAAAAUGGUUGGACAAUCGGGAAGGGAAGCAGAAGGGACUGUUAAGUACCAAGAAUCCAGAUUUCAAACACAAAGAGACAGGGAACGGGUUAUGGCUAAACACUGCACCUAGUUGGGUGGUUCCAAGACUUGAAGGGUUGGUGUUUGGUGACAGUGGUAGCACGACAAAAGUUACAAAAAGCAAAUUUGCUAAAAGUGCUUGCCAAGAUGAUCUGUGGAAGAGACUUAUCGAAAAUCCAAAGCAAUGGUGGGAUAAUAGAUCAUCAAAGCUAAAACCAACCUAUCCCGAUUUCAAGCAUAAAGAUGAUGGUGACGCUCUGUGGCUCAACUCAGCACCAUCAUGGGUUUUGCCAAUGUUGCCUCCACAACCAGCAGGAAAGAAUGUUAAUAAUAAGUAGGCUGCUCGCUAUAAUACUCCAAGACAGAGCCGGGAGACCUUUCUGAUUUCCUUAAAAGAAGAUUUCGGUCUAAUACCUUUCCAGUUGCUAAUUCUAUAUGAGAAAAAGUAUAUUUAAUUGAAUGAAUAUGUUAUUAUGCCUAUGGAACUUACACUUCAAUUCAAUGCAUUUUACUCUUAUUUAGUUUCAGAAACAUUUGCUUUUUGUAAUGGAAAGAAUGAUGCUUCAUAGUUCACAGUGCUUU